ACACCCUUGCCCGUACAAGCCCGGGCACGCUGCUCCCUAUUAUCCAUCAUCUGACACAGCAGCCUCGGGGAAUUAUCUCCGGAUCAAAGCAAACACUCCAGAGGUAUAAAACCUGCCCUGCCUGACUCCUGAUUAUUUUGGAGGCUCCCAGACCUCUUAAAGGAUGAAGCUUUUCCUCCUGGUCGUGCUCGGCAUCGCCCUGUGCACGGAAAGUGCUUUCUCCCUGAGCUGCUUCUCCUGCAAAGAUGCAACUUCCAACAUCCAUUGUCUGGGCAUCACCAAAUGCUCUGAGAAUGAGAAGUAUUGUCUGACAACCUAUUCCACCUCAGGAACUGGCAGUGACCGGAGCCAGCGGAUCAGCAAGAAAUGUUCUGCAUUUUGCCCAACAAUUGACCUGAACAUCGGCAUAGCUGGAGUCGCCACCAGCUGCUGUGAGACCUCCCUGUGCAACGUGAGUGGGGCCAGCAGUGUGAAAACCAGUUCCACCAUCCUCACCCUGGGGGUCCUGGCCAGUCUCGCCUGCAUCCUCAGGAUGGGUUUUUGA